AAUUUAGAACACACGGCACUCGCAAAUCUAGUUUCUACUGCAUCUACUUCGACAGUACUACUUAGUUCUCCACUAGUACUGUCAUUAGUUGUAUUGUUACGCGAUAAUAUAUGUCUAUUUAUACACACAAAUUUUUAGUAGUUAUUGCCAUAUUAACAAUGACAAGUGAUUUAUCCAUUGAGUAUUCAUUUCCUGAUGGGUUUAUGUUUGGCGCUUCAACAGCUGCUUAUCAAAUAGAAGGAGCAUGGAAUGAAGAUGGAAAGGGAGAAAGUAUUUGGGAUCGUUUAGUCCACUCUCGCCCAGAAUCAGUAGCAGAUGGUUCAAAUGGUGAUAUUGCCUGUGAUUCUUAUCAUAAAUACAAAGAAGAUGUAGCGCUUAUUAAAGGAUUAAAUGCAAAAUUUUAUCGGUUUUCAAUUUCAUGGACUCGUAUAGCACCAACUGGAGAAAUGCAUAAACUAAAUCCUAAAGGAAUAGAGUACUAUAAUCGUUUAAUUAAUGAAGUGCUCGCAAACAAUAUUGAACCAAUGGUUACAAUGUAUCACUGGGAUCUUCCUCAAUAUUUGCAAGAUUUAGGAGGAUGGACAAAUUCUAUAAUGGCCAACUACUUUGAAGAAUAUGCAAAAGUUUUAUUUUCAAAUUUCGGUGAUAGGGUUAAAUGGUGGAUUACAAUUAAUGAACCAAUGCAAACAUGUAGAGGAUAUUCAAUGCAAAUGUACGCUCCAUAUUUGAAAUUAGACAAGACAGGGUAUUAUUUAGCUGGCCAUACUCAGCUUUUAGCACACAGUAAAGCUUAUCAUUUAUACAAUGAAAUGUUUAGAGAUAAACAAAAAGGGAAAAUUAGCAUUUCUAUCAAUGCAAACAUGUAUUUGUCGAAAAAUGGGAGCUCAAAAAUUGACCAAGACGCUGCUGAACGGGCCAAUCAAUUUGAACUAGGGUGGUUUGCUCAUCCUAUAUUUAAGGGUGAUUAUCCUCCAGUAAUGAGACAGUGGGUAGAUAGGAAAAACAAAGAAAUAGGACGAGCGUGGUCAACAUUACCAAAAUUUACAGAAGAAGAAAUCAAACUAAUUCAUGGUUCAGCUGAUUUCUUUGCUCUUAAUCAUUAUACGUCCUGGCAUGCAUCACACGGAAAAGAUCUAAAUCCAUAUUGUAAUUCAGAUGCAGAAUAUAUAGGUUCUUUUGAUGAUGAAACAUGGAUGGGUUCAAUACUAUUUUGGCUUAAGGUUGUACCAGAAGGUUUACACAAACUUCUUGUAUGGAUUAAAAACGAGUAUAACAAUCCUCCACUAAUUAUUACUGAAAAUGGAUUUGUUGAUGAUGGUCGAAUAAACGAUUUAGAUAGAAUUCACUACAUUAAAACUUAUUUAAAUGCUACACUUCAAGCUAUACACGAGGAUAAAUGCAAUAUUAUAGGUUACAUAUAUUGGACCUUGUUGGAUAAUUUUGAAUGGCUGGACGGAUAUGGUUACCAUUUUGGAAUAGUUAGUGUAGAUUUCAAUGAUUCCAAGAGACCUCGCACACCAAAAGCGUCGUAUCAUUUUUUUAAAUCUGUCAUAGACACCAAAAAAUUAGAUGGUCAAUAAAAUACCUUCACAGAAGAGUUAUGAUUUGUUUAUUAUUUUUAUUAUAGCUCCAUUUUUGUUUAAAUAUUUUAUAAUAAUAAUUAAAAAUUUGAUUUUUAUUAAUUUA